CAGGACUGUCAGAAAUGUUGACGCUGGUCAGAGAUGUGAAAAACCGUGGAGGCUGAGCUCGGAGAGACUGAGACCAUGAGAAAGAAGUCCCACAUCACCCACACUGAUCUCACUCUGACCUAUUAGUCAGUAUGCUUCCCUGUGGUUCACAUGCAGGCAGCAGACCAGCUACAAACACAACUACAUCAGGAGGUGCACACAAGCAUCACUUUGUGUACAGUACAAUGGACUGGUCCAACAAUCAUACUCUCACACAUGAACACCAGGCCACAUACUGUAUGGCUAUGUAGUAUACUGUAACAGCUUAACUUCCCCUGGCAUGUACAGUAUCACAUCUCUAAUUUCAUGAAAACCACUUAUGCAUGUACUGAGAUGUCGGUUUACUUUACCUCACAUCUGACAGGAAUCACUUACAUGAGUCCACUCAGCUCGCUGUGGCUGAAGUGUAAACACGGGAUAGCAAUGAUGAUGUGAUGCAGAGAACAUGUUCUCCAUCACUAGCUUUCUGUGUUCCUUCUAUAGGCUUGGUCCAGCUGAGAUUAGGCAGCUGUUAGCAAGACACAUUUAUUCAUGUCAUAUACAUUUAGUCAGUACAGAAGUAUUACCAUUUAUCUGUACAUAUACUCCUCUCAAUAUAACACCUCAUUCUAUUUGAAUUGUGAGUGGUGAAUGUGGGCCUUCCUGUUUUUACAAGAAGUCCUCUGUGCAUUAGCAUUGUUCAAGCCAUGCGGAAGUGUCGUCCUCUCUAUCUCUCUCUGUGUGGUAGAAGUUGUCAAAACGCGACAACCCGGCUGCUGUUUGAGUGUAGAAACAGGAAGCGCGUGUGUGUGACAGGGACCAUCUGCCCGCUAUUUCUCCUCCCUGCCUCUGAUGAUAACCUCUGUAUCGGCUGUCAGACGACUCUGUGGGAGGAGAGAGGAGAGAGCGAGGGCCAGAAGAGCAUGCUCCAGCUCAAACUCCAGCAGAGACGGACCCGUGAGGAGCUGGUCAGUCAGGGGAUCAUGCCACCACUGAAAAGUCCAGCUGCCUUCCACGAACAGAGACGAAGUUUAGAGCGAGCGCGGACUGAAGACUACCUAAAGAGGAAGAUCCGAAGUCGGCCGGAGAGGUCGGAGCUGGUCAGGAUGCACAUUCUGGAGGAUCACGUGCCUGAUGGUUGUUGGCUGGCUAACCCGCUGUGUGCUGUGUGUUCAGAGACGUCGGUGGAACCCUCCCUCCAGGCCAAACAACUGCAGCUGAAGAGGGCCCGUCUGGCUGACGACCUCAACGACAAGAUCUCCCACAGGCCUGGCCCCAUGGAGCUCAUUCACAAGAACAUCCUGCCUGUGCACAGCAGCAUCAAACAGGCCAUCAUAGAGACAGACUUCCCCAAGGUUGCUGGGGAGAUAUCCUCCUUUGAUGAGGACAGUAGUGAUACUCUCUCUCCUGAGCAGCCCAUUGGUCAGGAGUCUCCGCUGGGCCACGGCCCUCUGCCCUCUCCCCCCGACGUCCUAGCUUGCAACAGCACCCCCACACAGUUUCUCACUCAGGUUCCUCCACCACCCCCUCCUCUUCCUCCCUUCUAUGGGCCCUGCCAACCAGUGAAGUUGAGCAAUGGGACAGCAGUUCUGAGAACCGCCCCUGCACUGAUCAAGUCCCAGCCAAAGCCCACCUCAGAGCGCCCCCCUCAGCGAUCCAAGAAGCCCAAGGACAACAAGCCCAAGGUGAGGAAGCUGAAGUACCACCAGUACAUCCCUCCGGACCAGAAGGCCGACCACGAGCCGCCCCCUCAGCUGGACUCCACCUACGCCAAGAUCCUCCACCAGCAGCAGCUCUUCCUCCAGCUGCAGAUCCUCAACCAGCAGCAGCAACACUACAACUACCACACCAUCCUUCCUGCACCACCCAAACCACUAACAGAUCAACCACCUCCCACCAAUGGCCCCUCUCCUUCUCCGGCCGUGCCCGCCUCCUCGACAUCCUCCUCCAGUCAAAGUGCACCAAGCCGGCAGAAUGUCACACAUGUGGGAGGGGCCACACCAGGUUCUUUGCCUCCUAACCUGGACGACCUGAAGGUGGCUGAACUGAAGCAUGAGCUCAAACUGCGGAGCUUGCCUGUAUCAGGCACCAAGAAUGACCUCAUCGAGCGGUUGAGGAACUACCAGGCUCAGCAGAACAGUCGGGGUGGUGGUAGUGCAACAACUACAACAGCAGGGGGUGCCACAGGGUCUGGGGCCGGAGCUUCCAAAACCAACCACCCAACACAACAAAAACAACUACUAAAACAGCAGCAACAACAACUUUCCCAACACCAGGCCCUGUCGUCUGUGGUCCACCAAUCAGGAGAAGCAGGUGUGGUAACCUUGGCAACCUUCCCGUUCAUGACCACUGCUCCACAGCAGAUCAUGCACUUUGGCAGCACUAGCUCCUCCCCACCAGUCUCUCCUGCCCCCUCGGACCGCUCGCUAGCUGGGAUGAGUCCAGAUGAGACGAGCUGUAAUGGAGACUCAUUUGGGGAGAUGGUAAGCUCUCCCCUCACCCAGCUAAGCCUCCAUCCCUCCCCACAGCACCGUGGCACUAUCAAAGAGGAGUUGAGUGGCUCGGCCCCAACAGCCUGCCAAUUCUCCAUGGCUGCUCUGCAGAAACGCCUGCAAGUAGCACCCCCGUCUGUGAACAAGGACCAGAUGCUGCAGGAGAAGGACAAGCAGAUCGAGGCGCUGACGUGCAUGCUAAGACAGAAACAGCGGCUGGUGGAGACCCUGCGCGUCCAGCUGGAACAGGGCAAGAGAGGGGGCCGGGACGCCCCCCCAGAACCCCUGGGCCUUGUCAGGGUGAAGGAAGAGCCCCCAGACAUCCCCAGCAUCCCCUCCACAUUUUGCCCCAUUGCCCGCUCCCCGACUCCUUCCCAGUGCCACAUGGAGGUCACCAAGAUGACCAUCAAGCAGGAGGUCGGGGAUGUGGAAGAGGCCGUGGAGCUGUCCUUGGAAGCCCCACCUCAGCAGGUGCAGUUGGAGAAGAUCCAGGCACAGCAGCUGGAGCAGCUGAAGGUGCAGCAGACGCAGCAGAUCAAUGCGCUGCAGCUGGCACAGCAGCAGGCCUUGCAGCAGCUGCUCCUACAGCAGAACCAGCAGAAUCUGCAGAAACACCGCUCACAGCAGAGAAAGAAGAAGUCCCACAAGCAACAGCUCAAGCAGCAGCAGCAACAGCUACUGUCCCAACAACAACAGCAGAUACAAUCAAAGAACCAACAGCUGUUACAGUCAAAGCAUCAACAACAGCAGAUAUUGCAGGCACAACAACAACCACAGCAGAUAUUGCAGGCACAACAACAACAACAGCAGCUGAAGUCACAACAGGUGUCUCAGAUGUUCCUCAAUCAGCAGUCACGCUCCACCACUUCCUUCCCCUUGGAUCUCCUCAAGACACACUCCACACCUACCCUGGUGACAGACAGCAACGGCAACCAUUUCCUCAUCGCACUAACCAAUCACUGUGCCGAGAGCCAAGGGAGUGAUAUGCCACAAGGCACUCCACAGGGCAAAACAUCCAAUCGCAUCAUACUGCAGAGACUGCAGUCAACUCCCACCAAGCUGCCCAGCCAAUCCCCUCUUCAGUUGUCCAGCAGUGACACCCAAUCAAAACCGAAAACUCAACCAGGCCUCGUGAAACAGCCAACCAGAAAGGGACAGAAGGCGGGGCUGCAGAUGUCAACCAAUCACUCCCCAGGGGUCGCUCUCUCCUUCUCUGCCCCGCCCAAUCUCCAGCCUUUCUUCCCCAAUGAUGACUCCUCCCCUUCUGAAAAAGACACCUCCCCCUCUCCUCCAGCUCAAACGGAGGAUUUGAGUCCAGGUCUUGACCAUGAACCCCUGUUCAGCCCUCCUUCUCCCAAACAGACGCCCUCCCCUAACCCACCGGAUGACAAGGAUAAUGGAUCCACCCAGCAUAUGGACGACCUCUUCGACAUCCUGAUUCAGACAGGAGAAAUCUCAGCCACCUUCAAACCAGCGCCCGACCCUUCCCUGGCACGACUGCGCCCCAACACCCCUUCCCCUUCCCACUCUCAGGCCCCCUCCCCUCUCCAGCUGCAACUCCACUUCUCGCCCUCCACCCCUCCCGAACCCGAGACCCCCCAGCCAGGCCAAGGGGAGGAGGAGGAGCUGCAGGCGCCAGCCACCGAUGAUCAGGACGUAAGCAACACAGGAAGUGGACGUCUGGAGGACUUCCUGGAGAGCACCACGGGCAAACCCCUCCUGGGGGUGGAGCCUGGCGGGCCCCUGACCCUGAUUGACGACCUUCACAAUCAAAUGCUAAGCACCCCCAGCAUCCUGGACCACACAUCCUCGCCCAUGGACACCUAUGAGCUGUCGGGCUACACAGCCAACCCCCCUGGCCUGGACUUCGGAGACCAUGCCCUGGACAGCAUGGAUUGGCUGGAUAUCACCAUGGGAGGGGCGAGCAACGAGAUUGCAGGGCUCGCCCCACUGGGUCCCCUGGGCCCCCACACUCCCCCCAGCGUCUUCUCAGCAGACUUUCUGGACAGUUCAGACCUGCAGCUCCACUGGGACUCCUGCUUAUAGCCCUGGACAGUUUUAGUGUCAUCCACACGGCAGGAUGCUGAUGUUACGUUGUCAAACUCUUUCUCUCUUUUCUCAACGUACGGUACAACGACUCAAAAACACACGGGCUCUACUGCACGCUGAACUCAGUCCCUCUUACUGAAUAACACUUUGAUAGAUUUCUUAUGUAUACCCAUACGUUCUAUAAGGCAGGCCCUCUUACACACGUAGCUCAUACAGUAAUACCUUUGUUAACAAACCCUGCGGACUGUAGUUGAUGAUGCUCCUUCAUCUGAGCCAGUCAGCAGCUUACCGUAGCCACCCAUCUAGACUAUUGUCUACGUUUAUUAUUGCCCUUAGUAGUAUUAGUAAUAGUAUGGCGAUAUUGUAACAAUGUUGAACCAGUAAUGUGAGAACAAGACGAUAAUCACAUCUGUCUAGCAGCUUUAGGGUAAAAAAAAAAAAAAAAAAAAA